UUCUUGAUGUUUAUUUUCAUAUCAAAUUAACCGUCUUUUUUAUUCAUAAUUUCUUUGUCUUAAUUAAUUUAUAAUAACACUAUCACCAUGAUAAUUGUCGUGAAAGUGAACUGGUUAAUUGACUUUUGAAUCGUUGGCCUUUGUUUUCAAUAAUUGAAAGUGAACUUCCCUUUGGUGUGAGUUCAUCAAAAAUUAUUUUGGCAAAAGGAAAUCUUGCCAAACCAUGAAGGAGAUGGUGGGUGGAUGUUGUGUCUGUAGUGAUGAACGAGGAUGGACCGAGAAUCCUUUGGUCUAUUGUGAUGGUAAUCAAUGUAGUGUCGCUGUUCACCAAGCUUGUUAUGGAAUUGUUCAGGUGCCCACUGGCCCCUGGUUUUGUCGUAAAUGUGAGAGUCAAGAGAGACAGGCUCGAGUACGAUGUGAACUUUGCCCAUCCAAAGAUGGUGCUCUUAAAAGGACAGAUACCGGUGGAUGGGCUCAUGUCGUGUGUUCCCUUUAUAUCCCAGAAGUCCGAUUUGGUAAUGUGUCAACCAUGGAACCGAUUAUUUUGGCCUUAGUGCCCCCUGACAGGUUCCAUAAGACAUGUUACAUUUGCGAGGAACAAGGAAAGGAGAGUAAAGCUUCAAUAGGAGCUUGUAUGCAGUGCAAUAAACCUGGAUGUAAACACCAUUUUCAUGUAACAUGUGCCCAAGCCGCUGGUCUCUUAUGUGAAGAGGCUGGAAAUUUUAACGACAAUGUCAAAUACUGUGGAUAUUGUGCUUAUCAUUAUCAAAAAUUGAAAAAAGAUGGUUCAAAUAUUAAACCCAUUCCUGCAUUUAAGCCAGUUCCAGUUACUGAAUCAACUCCUGAGACUAGUCCUGAUAAAAAGAUUGCAGGUCAAUCGGGAAUAUCAUCAUUAAAACCAACAUCACCCAGUGAAGUAUCCAAACCACCAAAAAAGAAAGUGUCCAAGCCUCUUGGUUCAAAUUUAUCUACCUCUUUGGUUGCUGGUUCUUCAACUAUCAACAAUUUACCAAGCAAUAAUCCGGGAUCAUCUAAUAGUCUAGGUAAACCUAACCUCACUAUUAAUCCUGAAAUUUUAAAAUCGAGACACGAAUCUUAUGGGUUAACUGAUAAUGCUGUUGGUCCUACUUUUCCAGGCUCUCGUUCAAGCACAGGAGGAGGAGGAGGUGGAGAUCAUGGUUCAGAUAAUAAAUCUAAUAAAAAUGAAAGGAAAAAAAAGAAAUCUUCCCAAUAUGUAAUCUCAUCAGCAUCUCAAUCACCGGCAGGCCAAUCCAACUCUCCUAAUCCCGUUAUUAACAAUCAUCCAAAGGAAUCACUAGCUAAUCACUCAUCUUCUCAAGCUUCAUCUCCUAAUCCAACCCCUAGUUUCACAGCAAUGUACGGAAGUCUUACAGCCAAAGAACCCUCAACAUCAUCUUCAGGUGAAAAGAAAGAGAAAUCUAAACGUGAAAUUGAAGAUGAUUCAUCAACAGAAACAGAAGACGAUGAAGAAGAUAAACCGCCGAUUCCAAAAAAGAUGAGAAACUCAACGGCAGCUGAGAAAAAGAUGAAAAAACCACUCGCUAUUCCAAAAUGCAAUAAAACACCCAAAGUAACCCAAAAGGAUGCAAUUAGCGCCAAGAAAACAAAGAGAAAGAAAGACGAUAUUCUCAAAGAGAUUAAUACAGAUACUGAACCGGAUCGAAGUGCAACCGAAAAGCCUUCAAAUGUUGCAAAAGCAAUAACAGAAACUCAAACCAGUUCAAAAAUUACACCUCCUUCAAGUGAGGUAUCACCUGCCACUGUUACAUCCUCAGCACCCAAUGGCCAUGCCUCUCAAACCACUCCGCUUACAAGAUCUCCCAUAACCAGUGUUGUGAAAGAUUUUGCAUUACCAGCACCUCCAACCAAACCUAAGCAAAUUAAUGUGCUCAAAGAACCUUUACCUGAUGGACCUCAAACUUUAGAACAAUUAUUAGAACGUCAAUGGGCUUCAGGAGCACAAAUGAUUAUGGAACAAUCUCAACAUUUUGAUGUCGCUUCUCUUUUAUCAUGUUUACAUCAAUUACGAAGUGAAAAUGAGAGACUUGAAGAGAAAGUUCGUCACCUUGUUGCCCGUCGAGAUCAUUUGAUUGCGGUUAACUCAAGAUUAUCUCUUCCACUUAAUGGAUCUCUUAAUCCACCACUCACUUCAAUUGGUGGUUUUUCCAACCACAGUUCAGCCAUUUCUCAAAAUGGAUCAGGAAAUUCAGUUUCAAGUUCGCCUUUAAGUUUCCCAUCAAGCAAUUCAGGAGCCAAUCCCUCACCUCUCUAUGAUAAUAAUAAAAGUCCUCGUACAAGUCCAGCAUCGAAUUUACCUAAUGGAUCAUCAGCUCGUGCACCAAACCAUAUUUCAACCAAUGGUGAAGUUACUGGUUCAUUACCACAGAAUUAUAACAAUUUGCCUCCACAAUUUAACAUGACGGAUCCUCCGACGGAAAGUCCUUUUUAUCAGAUGAUGAAUGCCGCUCAACAGCAGAAUACCCCAAAUUUCCAACACCCUCUAUUCAGAGGUCCAGAUAAAAGAUAACUAAUUCUCACAAAUGGUACAAAUUCUGAAAAAAACCUCAUCUUACCUCUAAUUUCAUUAUUAAUAUCAUCAAAAUAACAAACAAAAUCCACCUAAAUGUCUUUAAUUCAUCCAUAAACAUGCUCACCUUUUCAUCUUUGUUGCCAACAAUUUGACUUAAGAUUAGGUAACAUUGACUAUUUAUUGACCAUCCUUCAUUCAUUGACCAAAACUCUAAUUCCAGAUAGUUCCUAUUUUAUAUAUAGAGUAUAAAAGACUACAAUUUAUGCAUAAACUUAUCUCUCUCUCCCUCUCUCAACAUGUUAACAAUUUAUCUUUAAGAUAAUUUUCCCGGUUUAAAUCUCAUUUCUUUUCUCACAUCAACACUUAACAGCAACAAUCAUGACAAUCUCUCCUAAUUUUAUCAUCCAUUUCCCCUUGUACCGAUAAAAUGAUAUUCUGUUUGUAUCUUCGGUGACUGUGAGCAAUUGGACCUGUUGAUGCAUUAGACUUGCGACUCAUUGGACAAUAAUAAGGACUAAUAUCGUUACAGUUACAUCAUAUACACAUGACCAUUUAUUUGAGGAAAAUACAACUGAAAGCGAAGCAUAAGCGAAAAAGCCAGAAAGCCGAUUCGUUAGGAACCACAAUUCUGAACAACGAUACCCAACCGAUAGGAAUUUCAUUUCAUAUACGAUUGAAAUAUAAAAAGUUAUUUCGCUGAUUGAAAUGAUGUCCCGAUUCAAUUAAUUUCGAAGUCAUUUUAUAUCUCUCUUUCCCUCUUGAUUCUUGUAAAAUCCCACCAACAAUUAACUUAUUCAAUCAUCGAGAUUAUGUUAUAUGCGAAAACGAAUUGAGUCAAAAUCGUAAACACAUUUGUGCUUCCCAAAGACAAAAACGAUUAACAGAAAUUAAGGAAAAAAAUCACAAUUAACCAAAGUUUGUUUCUAAAUCAUCUUCAUUAUUGUAAGAAAACCAUCUCUCUCUAUUUCUCUCUCAGAUCCCUUACUCUCACUCACGAAUGUAAUUUAUUAAUAUUAAUCAAUCAGUAAGGUAUUGAUCAUUUUCAACGACAAUUAAUAUAAAAUCGUUUUGAAUUAUGAUUUAACGCGAGAUUGAAAGUUCCGUUACUUUAAUUGCAAUUUUAAUUUCUAUCUCCUUGCAACAAUUAACAUAAAAUACCUCAUGAGAGAAAUACUAUUGUAUCAACAUGAAUCAACUCCUUUGAUUAUUAAUUAUGUUUAAUUAAUUUUCAAAUCUAUUCCAUUUAUUCAGUUGAGACCAAAUUUUAUCAUGAAAAAAAAUGUAAUUUAAUUCAAGUUUUAAACGAUUUUAAGGAAAAAUAAGAUUGUUAAAUAAAAUUUGCUUAUAAUAUCAAA